AUGGCAACUCGGAGCGAUUCGACGGCCGGGAAUUGGUGGCAGAUGAUGCCGAAAGUGGAACUACAUGCCCAUCUUAAUGGCUCAAUCAGAGACACUACUUUACUGGAACUUGCCAGGGAAUUGGGGGAAAAGGGAAGUAUAGUUUUCUCGGAUGUGGAACAGGUCAUUAUGAAAAAUGAUCGUUCGCUCAGGGAGGUGUUCAAGUUAUUUGAUUUGAUUCACUUGAUUACCACUGACCAUAAAACUGUUACAAGAAUUACUAAAGAGGUCAUUGAAGAUUUUGCGGCCGAGAAUGUAGUGUAUUUGGAAUUGAGAACAACUCCAAAGAGGAAUGCAUCAAUAGGGAUGAGCAAAGAGUCUUACUUGCAAGCUGUUUUAGAAGGUUUAAUGGCAGUUAAAAAUGUUGAUGUCGAUUUUGGUCAAGAAGUAAAUGAGGGAUCAACUGGGAAUUCUCAUCCGACAAACGAUGUGUGCUGUCUGAGUAACAAGAAAAAGAUAUAUGUGAGACUCCUUUUAAGCAUUGAUAGGCGUGAGUCAACUGAAGCUGCAAUGGAAACUGUUGAGCUUGCUUUACGACUGAAGCGUUCUGGGGUUGUGGGGAUUGACCUUUCUGGCAACCCGGCCAUUGGUGAAUGGAAAACAUUUUUACCUGCUCUGAAGUUUGCUAAAGAGGAAGGACUAUCUGUAACUCUGCACUGUGGGGAGGUUCCCAAUUCUCAAGAAGUUCAUGCCAUGCUAGAUUUUAUUCCUGGAAGAAUUGGUCAUGCUUGUUUCCUUGAAGAAGAUCAUUGGAGAAAGUUAAAGUCGUAUAAGAUCCCGGUUGAAAUUUGUUUGACAUCAAACAUCAGAACUGAAUCAAUCUCGUCUGUGGAUGUCCACCAUUUUGCUGACUUAUAUGAGUCAAGACAUCCAAUUACAUUGUGCACUGAUGACAGUGGAGUAUUCUCAACUAGUUUGUCAAAUGAAUUUGUCCUUGCUGCCUCCACGUUCGGUAUCGGGAAGAAAGAAAUGUAUGAACUUGCUAGAGACGCAAUUAACUUCAUUUUUGGUGGCGAUGGAGUGAAAGAGAAAUUGGAAGAAAUAUUUGCCUCGGCUGCCGUAGAACUAGAGAUUUCAAUUGAUUAG